AUGGAACAGAUUCUUGAUAUAUAUGAAAGUGCUAAUCCUUUUCCUGAUACACUUACUAAGGAAGAAAUAAUGAGAGUGAUCGCAAAAACUUAUGGGUCACCUCUUAAACCACAAAAGCCAGAAAAGUUGCAAUCAUCUAGAAUUGAUAGAUUAGAAUCAAAAAUAGAUGAAAUCGGUCAAAUGACAUCUAAGUUUACCAGAAGGGAUAUAGAUGAUAUUUCUGAUACCACUUCAAGAGUCUGUUCCGUCUUAUCCAAAGUAAGCUGA